AUGUGUCGGAUGAACAGGCUGGACCCAGAGGCGUCCAGAGACAUCACCGUGCAGGCCACCGCUAAUCCAGGUGGUGCGCAGACCACCAGUGCUUCGCAGGGACUCUGUGCCCUGCUGUGGGAGUUCCUGGUGGUGGUCUACUCAGGGUUGCAUCUCGAAUGGGGAGGGGAGGAGACGGAGGAGAGAUUUUUGGUUGUUUCAGCCUUUUGCAUGAAGACGGGUGACAGUGGGGUUGCUGUUCUAGAAUUGAACUUCCUGAAAGUCACCGAUGUAGCUGAUCUGUUCAUCAAGAGGGAGGCAGCAGGUGCCCACCUGGGGGACUGUGAUGAGGGUGGACCGUGGGCCUCCUCGUUGGCAGGAGGAGAGGAGCUGGGCCGGGAGGAGGGCUUGGGCUUCCCAGGAGAGCUGGAGGCCACCGCUCAGCUGGGAAGCAAGGUGGCCGUGGUAGACUACGUGGACCCUUCUCCCCGAGGCACCAGGUGGGGCCUAGGAGGCACCUGCGUCAAUGUGGGCUGCAUCCCCAAGAAGCUGAUGCACCAGGCGGCGCUUCUGGGGGGCCUGAUCCGAGACGCCCGCCACUACGGCUGGGAGGGGGCCCAGCCUGUCCUCCCUGAACCAGCGCCCCUGUUGUGCUCACCUGCUGCACUUCUUGCCAUUCCAGCCGCUCAGCUGGGAAGCAAGGUGGCUGUGGUAGACUACGUGGACCCUUCUCCCCGAGGCACCAGGUGGGGCCUAGGAGGCACCUGCGUCAAUGUGGGCUGCAUCCCCAAGAAGCUGAUGCACCAGGCGGCGCUUCUGGGGGGCCUGAUCCGAGACGCCCGCCACUACGGCUGGGAGGUGGCCCAGCCUGUCCUGCAUGACUGGAGGAAAAUGGCAGAAGCCGUUCAAAACCACGUGAAAUCCUUGAACUGGGGGCACCGUGUCCAGCUGCAGGACAGAAAAGUCAAGUACUUUAACAUCAAAGCCAGCUUUGUCAACGAGCACACAGUUUGUGGCGUUGCCAAAGGUGGGAAAGAGACUCUGCUUUCAGCUGACCACAUUGUCAUUGCUACUGGAGGGCGGCCCAGGUACCCCACACACAUCGAAGGUGCCUUGGAAUACGGGAUUACAAGUGAUGACAUCUUCUGGCUGAAGGAAUCCCCUGGAAAAAC